AUGUCGAAGCGCCCGAAGCUCGAGGGUUUCAGCAUCCCGCGGCCCACCUCCUACAACUUCGAGCGCUCGCAGCCCCUGCAGCGGCUCUACCGUCCGACCGAUGACCCGGACCUCGACGACAUCGCCUUCUCCGACGACACCCCCUCAGAUGGCCCCGCCAGCACCGCGGUGGAAGGAAAGGCGGAGGAUGAGGAGGAGGUCGACCCGCUCGACGCCUUCAUGGCCGAGAUCCAGGAGGAGAUCCGCGCGCCUCCCCCGCCGCCCAAGCCCGAGGCGCUUCGCCGCGUGGACUCCGACGAUGACGAGGAUGACCCCGUCGAGAGCUUCCUGCGGGCCAAGAAGGACGCCGGGCUCACGCUGGCCGCCGACGCCAUGCGCGCUGGUUACGACUCCGACGAGGAGGUCUAUGCCGCUGCCAAGGCCGUAGACGCCGGCAUGAUGGAAUACGACUCCGAUGACAACCCCAUAGUCAUCGACAAGAAGAAAAUAGAGCCCAUACCAGCACUUGAUCACUCGACCAUUGAGUAUGACGCCUUCACCAAAGAUUUCUACGAGGAGAAGCCGUCGAUUUCAGGUAUGAGUGACCAAGAGGUAGCAGAUUAUAUGAAAAGUUUGGCAAUUCGGGUUUCUGGUUUUGAUGUGCCAAGGCCAAUAAAAAACUUUCAGGAUUGUGGGUUUCCUGUACCGGUAAUGAAUGCUAUUGCCAAGCAAGCUUAUGAAAAACCAACUACAAUUCAGUGCCAGGCUUUACCUAUUGUACUUUCAGGCAGAGAUAUCAUUGGUAUUGCAAAAACUGGUUCUGGCAAAACUGCAGCUUUUGUGCUCCCUAUGAUUGUUCAUAUUAUGGAUCAGCCUGAGCUUGAGAAAGAAGAAGGUCCAAUAGGAGUCAUUUGUGCUCCAACAAGAGAAUUGGCACAUCAGAUAUAUCUCGAAGCUAAGAAGUUUGCAAAGCCUUACAACCUUCGAGUUGCUGCUGUAUAUGGUGGUGUUUCCAAAUUUGACCAGUUUAAAGAACUGAAAGCAGGUUGUGAAGUAGUCAUUGCAACUCCAGGGAGAUUAAUAGACUUGCUGAAGUUGAAGGCAUUGAAGAUGUUCAGGGCAACUUAUCUGGUUCUUGAUGAAGCUGAUCGCAUGUUCGAUCUUGGAUUUGAGCCACAAAUACGAUCCAUUGUUGGUCAAAUUAGACCAGAUCGACAAACCUUACUUUUUUCUGCAACAAUGCCAUACAAAGUAGAGCGUUUGGCAAGAGAAAUAUUGACUGAUCCUAUUAGAGUUACAGUUGGUCAAGUUGGCGGUGCUAAUGAAGACAUUAAACAAGUUGUUAAUGUACUCCCUUCUGAUGUUGAGAAAAUGCCUUGGCUUUUGGAGAAAUUGCCUGGAAUGAUUGAUGAUGGAGAUGUUCUUGUAUUCGCAUCUAAGAAGGUUAGAGUGGAUGAGAUAGAGAAAGAGUUGAAUCAGAGAGGAUUCAGAAUUGCAGCACUUCAUGGUGACAAGGAUCAAGCUUCUCGUAUGGAGACCCUGCAGAAGUUCAAAUCUGGGACGUAUCAUGUUCUGGUUGCAACUGAUGUUGCUGCACGAGGUCUUGACAUCAAAUCGAUUAAAACAGUUGUCAACUUUGAUAUCGCAAAAGAGAUGGAUAUGCAUAUUCACCGAAUUGGAAGAACUGGUCGUGCUGGUGAUAAAGAUGGCACUGCAUACACUCUGAUUACACAGAAGGAAGCACGCUUUGCUGGUGAACUGGUUCACAGUUUGAUUGCUGCUGGCCAGGAUGUACCCAGUGAACUCAUGGAUCUGGCUAUGAAGGAUGGAAGAUUCAGAGCAAAACGGGACUCCAGGAAAGGUGGGAAGAAAGGUGGCAAAGGAAAAGGUGGCGGUGGAGGUGCUGGUCGCGGUCGUGGUGUGCGUGGAGUUGAUUUUGGCCUCGGCAUAGGUUACAAUGCUGAAUCUGGUUCGCAAGUGCCUGCUCCAAGAUCUGCUGCUGUAAAUUCGCUGAAGACAGGGAUGAUGCAGCAAUUUAAGAGCAGCUUUGUCUCUGGAUCUUCAAAUACUCCAAGCAGCAGUGCACCUUCCUUUGUAAGACCAGCACUCCGUGGCUUUGUGUCUGGCGGCACCAUUGGAGGAGAUGCACGGCCUGCACAGUCGGCCCCCACUUUCGUCCCCGCAUCCCGGCCAGCGCAGCCUGCCCCCUCUGUCCCUGCAUCCCGGCCUGCAGGAAACAACAAUGAAAAUGGGAACUCAAAUCCAGAAAGUUCACGGGAUCGGUCCAGGGAGAGAAAACGACCAUCAGGUUGGGAUCGCUAG